GGGGCGCUCUGCCGGCGAGCCCAGGGCGGUGCCCAGGUACAGAGGCCCACGAACGGCAUUUUGAUCAGGAUGUUUGGUGUUGGAAACCAAGAGCCUGUUUGCUGAAUGCUCCUCCAAGUCAUUCAGGAUCACGCUAGUCUCCGGAAGGGCUGAGGGUGCAGCCAAGUGCCACCCAGGGAAGGCACACCUGGAAGCCAUUUUCAAGAACUUUUGCCACAGGUGUAAAAGACGCCAGACCUGCAAAGAUGCUGAAACAGAUACUGUCACAGAUGUACAUAGAUCCGGAUCUGCUGGCAGAGCUCAGCGAAGAACAGAAACAGAUCCUGUUCCUCAAGAUGAGGGAGGAACAGAUCCGCCGAUGGAAAGAAAGAGAAGCAGCAAUGGAAAAAAAGGAGUCGAUGCCAAUGAAAUCCAGACCCAAGAAAGAAAAUGGCAAAUCUGUCCACUGGAAACUGGGAGCCGAUAAGGAAGUCUGGGUCUGGGUGAUGGGGGAACACCAUCUAGAUAAGCCUUACGAUGUGCUCUGUGAUGAAAUUCUUGCUGAGCGGGCCCAGCUGACAGCAAAGCAGGAUGCAGAAGACCUCAGAAAAACUCAGUCCAAAGAAUGCACGAACAUCUUGAAAACAGCAUCACAUAGCUAUGAUCUGCAGACUCCAGAUAAUUGGGAGACUCAGAACAUCAGUAAGAAAGCAGCAGGAGAGGAAGAACCAAAGCAGAAUGCUAGAUCAGCACCCACUCUGGAAAGACAGACAAUUCCAUCACCCUCCUGUUCCCCAAGAAAUAUUGAACAAAUGUUGGCAGAUUCUAUCAAUCGUAUGAAGGCAUCUGGAUUUCACCAGAAGAAAGAAUCCAUGAAGAAAACACAAGAUGAAGAAAUAAAGCAAGUAGAGGAUGAGAAAACCAAGCAGAUUUAUAAGAGCUGGAGGGAAGACUCGGAGUGGCAGGCUUCCUUGCGGAAAUCCAAAGCUGCCGAUGAGAAGAGAAGAUCCUUAGCUAAACAAGCCCGGGAAGACUACAAGCGCUUAUCCCUAGCAGCCGAAAAAGGAAGUAGUGGUGAAGGGCGCCCAAGUAUUCCACAGAAAACAAAAAGACCCCCUCUUCCACCCAAGCCUCUGUUCCUGAGCCCAGUAGGACUCCUUCCACAACUUAGAAAUCCAAGUGUGAGGACAGCAUCCAGCUCCGCCCAGGAGAUCAUCCGCUGGUUUAAAGAGGAACAGCUGCCGCUGCGAGCAGGGUUCCAGAAAACCUCAGACACCAUAGCCCCCUGGUUCCAUGGAAUUCUCACACUGAAGAGAGCAGAUGAACUUCUGAGCACCUGUGUGCCUGGCAGUUUUCUGAUCCGUGUCAGUGAAAGGAUUAAAGGCUAUGCCCUGUCUUAUCUGUCUGAAGACGGCUGUAAACAUUUCCUCAUAGAUGCUUCAACGGACUCCUACAGCUUCCUGGGUGUGGACCAGCUGCAACACAACACCCUGGCGGACUUGGUGGAGUAUCACAAGGAGGAGCCCAUCACAUCUCUGGGGAAGGAGAUCCUUCUGUACCCCUGUGGUCAGCAGGACCAGUUGCCCGACUACCUGGAGCUCUUUGAGUGACAGUCCCCAUGAUGCCAUUCUGCACUCCAGGCUGAGUUUUUCUCUGGACAGACGCCAUGUAAUGGGCAUUGGUGUGUGAAGCCAAAAUCCCCCCUUCAGCAGAGCCAAUAUUUAUCAACUGAAAGUAUCCUUCGAAUUCUAUGGAAAUCUCCCUUCUGCAGAAAUGCUGGAGUUCAAUGUUGUAAGAAGAGGACCUCUGCCUCACAUGCAUUCCCAAAGUAAAAUGAGGGGAUUCCCAAUUUCAGUAGCUACUUGACACGAAGGAUACAACUCUAACGCUGUCUAUAAGCAAAAAUGAACAAAAAAGAAAUUGUAAACUUAUAGGAAUUCAGAUUUACUUCAAAAACCAGUAGCUUGUGUGAAGGAUUUCAUGACCUCUCCCCUCCCUCAUUGCAUCACCUCAAAAGGUCUCAGGUCCUGCUUUGUGCAUUUUGGAGUCAGGAUAGAAGAGACAGAAAAACAGAACUUGGGAAUGUAAAUUGAAUGAUGAGUUUUAAAACACAGGAUGAGAGACCGAACAUGUACAAAAAUACCAGACGGCAGGAGAAUGAGCACACCUUUGUGAGCACAUCUCCUCAUUCUGGAGAAUCAGGACGGCACCUGCCUGGCUACCUUGGCUUGAUCUGAGCAUGGCCCGGGAAGGCUGGCACCCACGCAGAGGGGCUGCUUGCUGGUGCUGAUAGAGAACAACACAAUAGUGACCUAUUUGGAUACUACUUGUGCGUUGAAUUGCAACCCCAAAAGAUAUGUUGAACCCCCUAUAUCUGUGAAUUUCACCUAAUUUGAACAUAGGGUCUUUGCAGAUGUAGUCAAGUCAAGAUGAGGUUCUAAAUCCAGUGACUGGCGUCCUUACGAGGACAUAGGGAUUUGAAAACAGAGAUACAUCCACAGGGAAGAAGGCCAGAGAUGUGACUGAGGCAGAGAUUGGGGUGAUGUUUCCGCAAAGCAGGGAUCACCAGGGCUGGUGGCCACCAGGUGCUGGGAGAGCUGCCUGGAGCUGUCUCCCCAAUCUUAGAUGUGAACACUCCCUGCUGCUGAUACCUUGAUUUCAGACUUCCAGCCUCCAGAACAAUGAGAGAAUAAAUUUCUGUUGUUUUAAGCUACUGAGUUUAUGGUAAUUUCAUGGCAUCCCUGUCCUAGGAAAUUAAUACUGAUGCUUUUGUAAUUAUUGAAGCUGAUAUGCAUUUGUACCAUUUGUGACUGUGCAGCCCGCCUUCCUCAUAAUGAAGUAAAAAUGGGAGAUGAAAGGAACCUCCCAACUAGCUAUUUUCAACUCUGGGAGGCAAAUUCGUUCAGUCAGGAAUCCUGAGCCUCACUGCACCCCACCCCACCCCACCCUCCAAUGACUCUCCAAUAAGGGGGGCAACCUCUGGGCAGUGACUGAGGGGGCUCAGAGCCACUGAGACAGUUCUGGAAAGAGGGAGACUUAUUUGCACUUUCCAGUCUCACUGCCUGGCUCCCUAUUCCUUUAAAGGAAGGUAAUUGUUCAAAAGGAUGUAGCGGUUUGUUCUUAAGGUUGUUAGUUUUGUAAAACACUCCCUGACAGUGUAAAACGAAGCCAGAGAAGAGGGCAAGUGAUGUGCCUCUGUGUGUGCAUGUGGCUGUGUGUGUAUGUGUGUGUGUACACGCGUGCAUGGACACGCACAUCUUUAAUGAAAAAGUAUUUAAACACACUACAUUGGUAAGUGUUUCUUGGAAUAUUCCAUGUGGUACCUACUGUCUGAGCUAGCCCGGUUUUGUGUUCCUAACUGUGACUCAACAGUCAUGAUACUAUAGAACUGUAAAGACAACACAGGCUGAAGUCAAAAACUUCUAUUAUGUUCCCAUUCCUUCCUGCCAUUAGCUGUGUUAGCAUGACCAGGUCACUUUAUCUCUCUGAAGCUCAGUUUUCACUUCCAAUAAAACAAGUUUUUAAUU